CUAAUGAUUGAAAUAAGGCAAGUCAAAAGUUCUGUAAUGUAUUUCCUUCUAUAGACGAUCUAAGGCGAAUAUACAGAAACGAAUCAAUUCCACCAAUACACACUGGAAAAGACCAAACCUUGACAACGAUUUGAAUGAUUGACUAGCAAAUGGACAAAGGCGAAAAGUUUCCAAGCAAAWAGACACCCGAAUAKUAGCAAGCACGUUGUGWGUCCAAAAAAUUCACGCAAAACCCACCAUGUCAGUUUCCGUYAACGCUAUUGAUGCGAGGGACGAAAUGUUGAAGACCAUUGCGGAAGCCAAUAACCUUUGCAUCCAUGCACAAUAUCAUUACCAGAGAGCUGCGUCUGCCGAUGAGGAUUUCUACCGAAUCGAAUUCAGCGCACUCUUUGAUGAYAAGAGCCUGAAACUGAACAGCGCAGUAGAAGAAGCAACAAUUGGAACGGCCAAGCUACAAAGGGCGUUCUCGCUUAUCCACCAAAACUCGUACCUGAACCAUCGUUUUCCGGUCCUCAUGUCACCGGCCGGAUCCAUCCACACGGAGGAGUUGGAGAGGCUCAGCUCUGCGGUAUUUUUGGGAAACAACACAUGCGAUCAAAAAGAAUCGCUCUACAGUAGCAUGAUGCAGUUUGUUAGGAAGCGAGAGCAAUUAUCCAUUCAUCAGCAAAGCCUCCUUGCAGCCGUCGACGUCCAGAUCCGAUCUGGCCCCGCGUAUAUGACAUACAAUACGAGAGGAGCAGGCAGGAGGAGGGAACAUCCCGUAAACUAUUUUGUGCCCGAUAGCCCACAACAGGUACAACCCACCGCUUGCACCAACAUCGAGCCGAUACCAUAUUCCCAUCAAAAUUACCCACGCACUCAUCAUAAGCCAGAAACACAUGUACMUCUCCAUCCCCAUUCGGGACGAAUCACAAGUGGGAGAGGACAAGUUGGAAGAAACCAACACAGUGCAAUCCAGAAGCCAUCCAUUCGCCUCCAACGAGAAGAGGAGUUCGAGCCRUUGCCUCUCGUGAAUGACAAAGACUCAGAGGAUUUGCACCGUGCACACCCCUCUCAAGAUAGAGCGUCUCCCAUCAUAACCGGUGAUAUUUUCCACCAGAAUGACGGCAUCCAACAUACUUCAAUCCAGAAGCCAUCCAUUCGCCUCCAACGAGAAGAGGUUUUCGARCCACUACCUGUCGUAAAUGACAGAGAUUUAGAAGGUUGUCAGCGUCCAGAACCCUGUAAAGAUUUCCACAAGACUCGUGAUAGCUGGAGUGGCAAUCAGACGAGGACACAAGGUACGGAAGGUAAUCGCAUACMACAAAGAUCGAUAAUAGUCACACCUACGACAGCUGAAAAUCUGCUUUCCAGCGAAGGGACCGUAACGAUCAUGGACUGUAACCGUUSUUUGAAUCCCCCUCGGCAACAUAAUGAAAAGCUACAACCACCGAAGAGACGCGAACACCAAAAUCAACAAAACGAUUCGUUUGCACUUGCAUUGGGGGGCCGUGUUGAUUUUAUCGAAAGAGAUUUUCACCAUGCUCAUUCCGAGGGCGACCUUCCAUUUYAUGAUGCUGGAAGAAAUGUUCGGGACAAAAACAGCGGAAACCAUUGCAAAAAGUCGCGUUCCUUUUCACAUUAGGAGGCUUCAAAUUGUGCACAUAAUAACAAUUCAUAGAGAAG